CUACCUAGUUCGCUUUCUUAUUUCACAUGGAAGACCAUUUCCACAAACAAUAACAAUCCUUUCGACAUUUCUCUAACCACAAAAUUACAAAUCUCUGACCUUCUAUAAAUACAUAGACUCAUUUACAAAUUUGAGAGGGGGGGAAAAAAAAUUACAUAAAAUUAUUAAACUGUCUUAUUGACUUAUUAGUUCAUGAGAUUUCUCGAACAUUAUAAUCGCGUUUUCUUCAUGGAAAAGAUCUUAGUUUUAUCAUUUUCCCUAUUGCUUUCUUCAAUUCAUUGUCUUCCUAGUACACUAAAUACACAAUACCUUAACAUAUGUGACCAAACUCCGUACCCACAAAUAUGCAACUCGCUUAUCAUAUCAGAUGUCCUACCAACAUCAUCCUUGCGAGAAACCACCUUAGUAAUUCGCAAUACUGCCUUAAAGGUAACCCUAGAUCAUGCCCGAAAAGUCCAUGGAGUGAUGUCAUCGGUGGACUUUAGUUCAUUCGAAGAUCAUCAAGCCAAAGUUGCAUGGGAAGAUUGUUUAGAGCUUUACAAGGAUACCAUACAUGAAUUGAACCACACAAUCAUAUCAUCAUCCUCAAGAAGUUCUAUAACAAAACAUGAUAUUCAAACUUACUUGAGUGCAGCUAAUACCAACCUUGAGACAUGCAAAAAUGGGUUUAACGAUCUUAACGUCACUAUAAAAAAUCAAGAGUUGUUUGGUUUUGCUUUGAAUAAUUUCACACAAUUGCUUACUAAUACACUUGCAAUAAACGGGGCCAUCUCAAAAAGUAGUACCAUACCGUUCAAACCGUACACAGGUGGUGGUGGUGGUGGUGGUGGUGGUCGGCGAUUAUUGGCCAGUGGAUUUCCGUCAUGGAUAUCCAAGCAUGAUCAUAAGUUACUUUAUUCGUCCAUGUCCACCGCAAAAUUAGCGGACCUAGUGGUGGCUAAGGAUGGUAGUGGUAAUUAUAAGACUAUAUCGGAGGCUGUAGCUGCUGCGAAACACUUAAGAAAUAGGAUUAGGAGAUUUAUCAUAUACGUAAAAGCUGGUAUUUAUAAAGAGAACGUUGUGAUUACAAACAAGAUGGUGAAUUUGAUGUUAAUUGGAGAUGGAAUUGAUGUUACAAUUGUGAGUGCCAACAAGAAUGUUUACGAUGGUUGCACCACCUUUCGAUCUGCCACUUUUGCUAUUUCAGGGAACGGGUUCAUAGCAUUUGAAAACACAGCCGGACCACAAAAGCACCAAGCAGUUGCCCUCCGAUCCGGAUCCGACUUCUCCAUCUUUUACCGUUGCAGCUUUAAAGGAUAUCAAGACACCCUCUACGUCUACUCCAAGCGUCAAUUCUACAAAGAAUGCGACAUUUAUGGUACCGUAGAUUUCAUCUUUGGUAACGCCGCUGCUGUUAUUCAGAACUGCAAUAUAUAUGCAAGGAGACCCAUGACCAACCAAAAGAACACCAUCACAGCCCAAGGAAGAUCCGACCCGAAUGAGAACACGGGAAUCGUGAUCCAUGAUUCGAUUAUUGAGGCUGCCUCGGACCUUAAGUUAAUCCAAGGUUCGUGUCAGACCUUCUUAGGAAGGCCUUGGAAGAUGUACUCAAGGACUGUUAUUAUGAAGUCGAAUAUUGAUGGAUUUGUGGAUAGAGCUGGGUGGACUCCGUGGGACGGGGAAUUUGCAGUGAAGACUCUUUAUUAUGCGGAGUAUAUGAACAAUGGUGCCGGGGCGGGUACUUGGGGCCGUGUAAAGUGGCCCGGAUACCAUGUCAUAACAAGCCCAAUUGAAGCUGGAAAGUUUACCGUUGGGAAUUUUGUGGGUGGGGAUAAGUGGAUUCCUGCCACUGGAGUGCCAUUCACAUCUGGCUUGUGAAUUGUGAAUAUUAUUAACACUCCAAUAUUAUUUGGUAGUUGUAAUUAAAGUAUGGUAUGUAAAGGCACAAGUUCAUAUGGGCAUACUUGGUGUAUUAUCUAUCACUCGUUCGUUGUUCUUGUUGUAAAUAACACUAAUACUUGGUGUACUGCUUAUGCAACGAACAUGAUGCGUGUUACAUAGCUUGUCAAGUAUCGUUUUUCAACUUAUUGGAAUAAGGAGUUGCCUCCACAGAAAAGGAAGAGUUUGGA